UUCUGGUGAAAGUGGAUUUAUUAAACCCUAAUUGUCUACAUUUUUAAUUGGCACAUUUAUGAAUAUUAAACACCGUUAGUGUUAGUGAUAACAGAAUUUUUCCAUUUAUACAUAUAUACAAGUCUGAAAUUCUCUAUAUUUUUUUGGUUUGGGGGAUUAUGACGAGAAAGAAGGUCGGAACGAGCCUUGACGCGGCAGUCGUUGAUGUUUGGAAACGUGAAGUCGGCGCGUUAUCCACCCGAAACUUCGCCCGCCGUUUUGCUGCUUCCGUGGAUCUUGUGCUUCGUCUUGAUAUCCUCCUGAAGCUUGAGAAGCACCGAGGCUGCGUGAACACAGUUAGCUUCAAUGCUGAUGGAGAUGUUCUUGUGUCUGGCUCUGACGAUAGGAGGAUCAUGCUCUGGGAUUGGGAAAUUGGUCGUGUUAAUCUCUCUUUUCAUUCAGGUCACCAUAAUAAUGUUUUCCAAGCAAAGAUCAUGCCUUACACUGAGGAUCGAAGCAUUGUUACCUGUGCUGCUGAUGGGCAGGUGAUAUCAGUCACUAAUGGAAAAUAUUUGAGAAGAGAAGUUGGAGUAUUUAUACAUGUAAGGCAUGCUCAGAUUCUUGAACGAGGAGAAGUGAAGACUAAAUUGCUUGGAAGACAUCAAGGAGCAGCUCAUAAGUUGUCCAUUGAGCCUGGAAGCCCUCAUCUUUUUUACACCUGUGGUGAAGAUGGAAUGGUUCAGCAUGUUGAUCUGAGAACUGGAGCUGCUGCUGAACUUUUUACUUGUCAACCUAUCGAGAGCCAGAGAUUUAUGUCCAUCAUCCAUCUAAAUGCAAUUGCAAUAGAUCCAAGAAAUCCUAAUAUCUUAACUGUUGGUGGAUCAGAUCAGUUUGCUCGGUUAUUUGACAUCCGUAAAUGUAAAGUAGAGGGAUCAACUGAUUUUGGUCAACCUGUUGAUUUCUUUAGUCCCCCUCAUUUAGUUGAUGAUGAAGAUGUGGGAAUAACAGGGGUGGCAUUUUCUGAACAGAGUGAGCUUCUUGUGUCUUACAGUGAUGAGUUCAUCUAUCUUUUCUCUAGGGAUAUGGGACUGGGACCUGAUCCACUUUCUACCUCUCAAGUUUUCCAUGGCAAUGAUGCUGGGGAUACGAGCCCUGUUAAUCAUUCAGUUGCAUCUUCAUCAGACAUGGAUGCCAAUAGAAAAGCAUCUUCCAAGGCCUACAAAGGGCAUAGAAACUGUGAAACUGUGAAAGGCGUGAGCUUCUUUGGGCCAAACUCCGAGUAUGUUGUGAGUGGAUCAGAUUGUGGUCGAAUUUUCAUUUGGAAGAAGGGUGGGGAACUCAUUCGUGUUAUGGAAGCAGAUAAACAUGUAGUUAAUUGCAUUGAGUCUCAUCCUCAUACUAUGGUGCUUGCCAGCAGUGGGAUAGAGAGUGACAUAAAAAUAUGGAUUCCUAAAGCUAUUGAUAGAGCUACUUUGCCAACAGACAUUCAAAAGGAUAGAGUCCUGAACUUCACCCCUCGUCUAUUUGGUUUCCUUCCUCCCUUCGGUGUCUAUGACGACAAUGAAAGUGAUGAUGAUGGUGACGAUGAUGAUUAUGAUACUGAUGACGAAGAUGAAGAUGAAGAUGAUAAUGAGGUUGAGACUGAUGAGCAGGAAGAAGAGGAAGAUAGGGAAGAAGACGAUGGUGAAGAUUUUAUUUUCCUUCAAGAUACUGAUGAACAUGAUAAUGAAAUUGAUGGUUCAGAAGAUUUCUACGAUGAUGAGGAAGAAGAUUCUAGUGAAAGUGAGGAGAUGGAUUAUGGUAACGACAGUGCAGAUGAUUGAUGAUUAUAGUGAUUUUGGGGGUGUUGAUGGUGACUUAGAUGACCGACAAUGAUGGAUUUUAUUGAUGGUGAAAUUGACAACAAUGAAGGUGAUCUUGUUAAUUGUGUUGCCGAUAAUUUUGCUCUUUCUAUUUCCAGCAAAGACCCAAAGCAAAAGCUUGGAUGUACCACUCAGUUUCUCCUCGGGACCUGCUGUUGAACUUGUUUUCCCUGCAAAUGAGACGGAGGACAAGUGCAGAGGCAAUGCGGAGAAUUCAGAUGUGUGAUAGGAUCGGCUACAGCUGCUUCUCUCAUAAUACUAAGUAUGAUGGUUCGUCAGAAGAUGGUGGAGAUACCUCCACUAAUAGAGACAUUUCUAUUUGAAUGAUGCUGGAACAACCAUUUAGGUCUCAAACAAGUUCAGAAAUCGUAUAUAGCAGUACAUUGAUUAGGUUAAACUAUAAUAGGGUGUGCUUUCUGUUUUUCAAUACUUAUUUGUUCUCUUUUUGUUAGCAUAUCUAUUGAUUUAUUUUUCAAAUA